AAGAGUGGAAAGCAAUAUCUAUGCCCAGAAACAAGGAGCUGCUGCACUGACUGAGAGUUUAGCAAAAGCUGGCUCUGUGAACCCAGGAGAAUGCCUCGUCCUGAUUCAGCUCGUGCACUGGGGGCGUACAAUGCAAGCAGGGGCAGGCCACACUUGGGGCUCAGUGCAGAAGAGACUGCUGGAAUUGCAAUACUUGCCAUUAUAGCUGCCCUUGUCUUGAUCAUUGGAUGUUGGUAUUUCAAGAGGCGAAAUGGCUACAAAAUACUUGGGAGCCGCCACUUCAGUCCAACUGCAAUCAGAUCUAUGAUGGGUUCAUCUCGGGAAAAUGGAGAAUGUAAAGUGCCUUUACAGGAUUACAACACUUUGAACAAUGUGGUACCUGGAGCCCCCCCUGCAUAUGAGAAGAUUGCUGGAGAAACUGAGCCACCACCUUACACCCCAUAAGAACACUAGCAAACAUCCCCACGUGUAUUUUGGUGGAAACAGAUCAGCUAAACCUCACUUAACAAAAGGUGUAUAUAUAAUAAUAAAUAAAAUUUAAAAAAAUCUUUGACUUGUAAAAUGACACAAUCCUAGUUCUGGAUCUAUUGGUCAAAUAAUCAGAUUUAUUAAUGGGGUAUAGGCACGAUAUGUUGUGUCUUAUAAAAUUAAGUACAUUUUUUAAAUAAAACGUACAUAGUGGCAGA